CACCAAGAGCUCCCGGUCUUCCUUGCUGUUCUCAGCGACCAGUUCUUCAGCCUCACUGCCACUGCCCAGUGUGCAGCAGGUACUGGACCAGCCCGAGGACCGGUGAUGGGCUUCCCACUCCAAUUCCUUCUGCUGGCCGUGCUCUUCCCCUCAGGCCUGGCCUCGUGGGGUGUCUCCAGCCCCGAGAAGGUGCAGGGCGUGAAAGGGUCCUGCUUGAUCAUCCCGUGCAUCUUCACCUACCCGGCUGACGUGGAGACGUCCAACGGCAUCACGGCUCUCUGGUAUUAUGACUAUGCCGGCAAGCGGCAGAUCGUGAGCCACUCGGAGGACCCCAAGCUGGUGGCAGCGCAGUUCCAAGGCCGAGCGCAGCUGUUAGGGAAGCCGGAGAGCAAGACGUGCAACCUGAUGCUGAAGGACCUGCGGCUCGAGGAUUCGGGCUCCUACAACUUCCGCUUUGAGAUCAGCGAGAGCAACCGCUGGUCGGACAUACAAGGCACCAGGGUCACGGUGACAGAGCAGCCCCUCGUGCCCACCAUUGCCUCGCCGGCCGAGCUGCGAGAAAACACGGAGGUGGAUUUCAACUGCUCCACCCCCUACGUGUGCCUGAAGGAGACCGUCACCCUGGAGUGGAAUGGCCAGGACCUGUCUCGCUCUGUCACCUCCAGCUUCCAACGCCUGGAGCCCACUGGCAUCAGCCACCUGGGUAUCCUCCACACGGUCUUGUCCUGGCAUGACCAUGGCCGGACACUGUACUGCCAGCUCACCAUGGCCGAGGGCAAGGCGCAGGGCGAGCUUCACCUCCAAGUGCAGUAUGCCCCUCGGGGCGUGGAGGUCCUCCUCAACCCCUCAGGGAAGAACAUCCUCCCAGGUGACCUGGUCACACUCACCUGCCAGGUCAAUAGCAGCUACCCGGAAGUCAGAACUGUGCAGUGGGUCAAGGACGGAACACCCCUCCAAGCCAUGGGGCGGGUGCUGCAGUUGCCCCGGGCAACCUGGGCCGAUGCCGGCAUCUACACCUGCCAAGUUGAGAAUGCCGUGGGUUCUGCCGUCUCCACUCCUGUCAGCCUUCAUGUCUUCAUGGCUGAGGUCGAGGUGAGCCCGGUGGGCCCCGUCCUAGAGAACCAGACAGUGACGCUGACCUGCAACACGCCCAGUGGGGCGCGCAGCGAGAUCCGCUACAGCUGGUACAAGAACCAGAUCCUGUUGGAGGGCGUCCACACGCCCACCCUCCAGCUGCACCCCACCUCCAGAGCGGACACUGGCUUCUACUUCUGUGAGGUGCAGAACACACAGGGUACUGAGCGCUCAGGGCCCGUCAGCCUGGUGGUCACCCACCCACCCCUUACGCCAGACCUGACGACGUUCCUCGACACUCAGGUGGGGCUCGUGGGCAUCCUCCACUGCUCGGUGGUCAGUGAGCCCCAGGCCACACUGCAGCUGUCCCGAGGGAGUCUCAUCUUGGCUUCCACCACCGGGAAGAGUGACCACAGGACCCGGUUCAUCGUCUCUUCGGCUCCCAACUCUCUGCGCCUGGAGAUCCGGGACCUGGAGCCAGCUGACAGUGGGACGUACACAUGCUUGGCCACUAACUCACUGGGCAAUGCCUCCUCCACCCUGGACUUCCACGCCAAUGCUGCCCGCCUCUUCAUCAGUCCAGCAGCAGAGGUGGUGGAAGGGCAGGCGGUGACGCUGACCUGCAGGAGUGGCCUGAGACCCACGCCUGACACCCGCUUCUUCUGGUACCGGAAUGGAGCACUGCUCCUGCAGGGGCCCAGCAGCAGCCUCUUAUUCCCCUCGGCCUCCAGCACGGACCAUGCGGGCUCUUACCACUGCCGGGCUCAGGACGCCCACAGCACCAGCGGCUCGUCCUCCACCGCGGUCCUCACCGUGCUCUAUGCCCCACGGCAGCCCGUGCUCACUGCCCGACUGGACCCUGACGCCACUGGCGCUGGGGCCGGACGUCGGGGGCUCCUCUCAUGCCGCGUGGACAGCGACCCUCCGGCCCAGCUUCGGCUGCUCCACGGGGACCACUUUGUGGUCUCUUCCCUGCCGUCGUGUGGGGGCUGCUCCCCGCGCAUCAAGGUGGCUAGAGCCCCCAAUUCGCUGCGCGUGGAGAUCGACGAGCCCACGCUGGAGGAUGAGGGCGAGUACCAAUGCGAGGCCAGCAACGCCCUGGGCAAUGCCUCGACCUUGGCCACCCUCAAUGCCCACGCCACCGUCCUGGUCAUUUCACCAUCAAACGUGCUGCGAGAGGGCAUCGUGGCCAAUCUGACGUGCACUGUGAGCCGAGAGGCCCCCAGCCCCCCAGCCAAUUUCUCCUGGUUCCGGGAUGGGGCACUGUGGGCCCAGGGCCCCCUGGAGACUGUGACCCUGAUGCCUGUGGCCCGGAGUGAUGCGGCCCUCUAUGCCUGCCGAAUCCUCACUUCCACUGAGGCCCAGCUCUCCGCUCCUGUGGCCCUGAAUGUGCUCUAUCCUCCAGACCCUCCGAAGCUGUCAGCCCUCCUGGAUGUGGACCAGGGCCAUGUGGCGGUGUUCGCCUGCACCGUAGACAGCCACCCCCCUGCCCAGCUGUCCCUAUUCCAUGAGGAGCACCUCUUGGCCACUAGUCCGGGCUCCCAGAUCCCAGCCCGUGGCCGGCUUCAGGCCAAGUCCAUGGCCAACUCCCUGCAGCUGGAGGUUCGAGAACUGAGCCUAAAAGACUCUGGUAGCUACCACUGUAAGGCCACAAAUGUUUUUGGAUCAACCAACACCUCCCUCUUCUUCCAGGUCCGAGGAGCCUGGGUCCAGGUGUCACCAUCACCCGAGCUCCAUGAGGGCCAGGAGGUGGUUCUGACCUGCCAGGUGCCCACGGGCGUCCCGGACGGGACCUCCUACGGCUGGUAUCGGAACAGCCAGCUCCUCCAGGAGGCGACCUCGGCCACACUCCGCUUCGCAGCCAUCACUUCGAGCCAAGCUGGAGCGUACCACUGCCAAGCUCGGGCCCCAGGCUCGACCACCACGAGCCUGGCCGCCCCGGUCAGCCUCCACGUAUCCUAUGCCCCGCGUCAGGCUGUGCUCACUACCCUGAUGGACACAGGCCCCGGGCGACUGGGCCUCCUCCUGUGCCGUGUGGACAGUGACCCGACAGCCCAGCUGCGGCUGCUCCAUGGGGACCGCCUCGUGGCCUCCACCCUUCAGGGUCUGAAGGAACCUGCAGGCAGCCCUCCCUUGCUGCAGGUGGCUGUGGCCCCAAACACCUUGCGUCUGGAGAUCCACGGUACCGUGCUGGAGGAUGAAGGCGUCUACACCUGCGAGGCCACCAAUGUCCUGGGCCGGACUUCCACCUCGACCACCUUUGAUACCCAGGCUGUGCGUGUACAGGUGUGGCCUGGGGCCACGGUCCAUGAGGGACAGCUGGUGAACCUGACCUGCCUGGUAUGGACCCACCUGGCCCAGCUCACCUACACCUGGUACCAGGAUGGACAACAGCGUCCGGGGGCCCGCUCCAUCCUCUUACCCAACGUCACAGUCAUGGAUGCUGCCUCCUAUCGCUGUGGAGUGGGGACCCCUGGCCAGGCACCCCGCCUCUCCAGACCGGUCCCCCUGGACGUCCUCUAUGCGCCCCGCAGCUUGCGCCUAACCUACCUCCUGGAGAGCCACGGCGGGCAAUUGGCUCUGCUUCUGUGCACAGUGGACAGUCAGCCACCUGCCCAGCUGAGCCUCAGCCACGCUGGCCGCCUCCUGGUCUCCUCAGCCACAGACUCCACUCCCAACACCCUUCGCCUGGAGCUGCGAGAGCCCCGGCCCAGUGACGAGGGUCUCUACAGCUGCUCUGCCCACAGCCCUCUAGGCCAGGCCAACACAUCCUUGGAGCUGCGGUUGGAAGGCGUGCGGGUGACCCUGGCUCCAUCGGCCACCGUGCCUGAGGGGACCCCUGUGACCGUGACCUGUGAGGACCCUGUUGCCCGCCCACCCACCCUCUAUGCUUGGUACCACAAUGGCCGAUGGCUGCAGGAGGGCCCAGCUGCCUCCCUCUCAUUCACGGUAGCUGCUCGGCUUCACACGGGCGCCUACUCCUGCCAGGCCCAAGAUUCCCAGGGCACACGCAGCUCGCGGCCCACUGCCCUGCGCAUCCUCUAUGCCCCCCGAGAUGCUGCCCUCUCCUUCUUCCGGGACUCGAGGACCAGCCCAGGCACUGUGGUGCAGUGCACUGUGGAUAGCGAGCCCCCCGCUAAGCUGACCCUGUCCCGAGAAGGCCAGGUGCUGGCCACCACCCAGGGGGCUUCUGGCUUGGCAUCGGGGACAGGCUCCAUCCAGGUGGCCCGCAAUGCCCUGAGGCUGCAGGUGCAAGAGGUGUCAGCCGGCGACGAGGACACCUACCUCUGUUCAGCUCGAAACUCGCUGGGCUCGGUCAGCACUACUGGGCAGCUGCGGGUCGAAGGUGUGCAUGUGGUGGCGCAGCCGGGCCUGGACCUGUCUGAAGGCACAGCACUGAAUCUGAGCUGCCACCUUCCUGAGGGCCCCGGGUCCCCGGCUAAUACCACCUUUGCUUGGUUCUGGAAUGGCCGGCACCUACCCGCAGAGCCUGUGCCCAUGCUCACCUUCACCUCCGUGGCUCGUGCCCAGGCCGGGGUGUACCACUGUCGGGUCGGACUCCCCUCAGGGGCUGCCACCUCCGCUCCAGUCCUGCUCCGGGUCCUCUAUCCUCCAGAGCCACCCACCCUGACGGUCUUCGUAGAGCCAGAAAGUGGCCUCCAGGGCAUCCUGGACUGCCAAGUGGACAGCGAGCCGCAGGCCAGCCUGAGCCUCCAUCUUGGCGACCGAUUGGUGGCAUCCAGCCAGACCCGGGGGGCUCCUGCUGACCCACAUGUCCAUGUCUCCGCAUCCCCCAAUGCUCUACGGGUGAACAUGAAGGAGCUGAAGCCCAGCAACCAGGGGGACUAUGUGUGCUCUGCCUCCAAUGUCCUGGGCUCCUCCUCAGCCUCUACCUACUUCGGGGCUAGAGUCCUGCACCGCCUCCAUGUGUUCCAGCAGCUGCUCUGGGUCCUCGGGGUGCUGGCAGGUACCCUGUUCCUGCUGCUGGGCCUGGGAGCCUACUGUGCCUGGAGAAAGGGGUUCUUUCAUAAGCGGCACUUGGGGAAGAAUUCAGUGGAGAUGGUUUUUCCAAAGGAGACCAUGCAGCUCAUCGAUUCUGACACAGCCACAAUUGGGACCUCACACUGUGAUCCAGCGCUGAGCUGACUGGCGGGACUGCUUGCCAUCCGGGAACUGUGACGACUUGGGGGCCGUGAGCCAGGGCUUGGCCCCACCUCUCUCAGUGAAAACAGCUCAGGGACAUCUCUGUGAUCUGGCUGCAAGCCCCUCACUCCCAAGAAAAUCAGGACGUGAGAGGUGGAGCGAACCCCACUCUAUCCAGCAGGGUGCUGUCUGGAUAGGAACCUGGGGGCUCUGAAUGAAUGAACUCACGCAUUAA